AACAAAAAUUGGGGAUGUGAGAGGAAGGGACAUGAAUGACGCAAAAACGAAGAGGCAAAGAUCAGUUUCAUUUCUGAAAGAAUAUUCAUAGGCAUUGAUAGCAGCUACUUUCUUCCCUUCAACUGAAUUCGUUAGGGAAAAUUAGGCGCGUAAAAACAAAGGGCAGUUAGAGUCACACUGCACAUGCUUUUCCCUCUUGAGCGUCGCACAUCACACCACAUCUCAAUUUCACAAUACACCAAUCCAAAUCCAAAUGGCUUCUCUUCUUCGUAUUCGAACCCUUCGUAAUCACGGUUCCACGCUGAUUUCAUCUUCUGCACUCCAACAAGGGUUUUCGCGAAGCUACAGCGUCAUUGAAUCAUUGGAGCAGUGUGCGUCGCAAUCUGAUGAUGAGGAGAUAGCCACUCUCCGUCGCGAAUACGAAGCUGCCAAACAGAGUUUUCUUAAGAUUCCUGAUGCACUCAAACAAAUGCCCAAAAUGAAUCCCAAAGGCAUUUAUGUGAAUAAGAAUCUGAGAUUGGACAAUUUGCAAGUUUAUGGGUUCGAUUACGAUUACACUUUGGCACAUUACUCGACCCAUUUGCAGACUCUGAUAUAUGACCUUGCCAAGGAGUAUAUGGUUAAUGAGGUUAGCUCCAAUCAUCUGUCUCGGGCUGUUUGUUUUUACAACUGUGGUUGUUCGUUUUCUUACUCUUUUUGUUGCUUAUUUCAGCUUAGGUAUCCAGAGAUUUGCAUGGGUUUUAAAUAUGAUGCAGCUUUCCCCAUUAGAGGACUUUGCUAUGAUAAGUCAAAAGGGUGUCUCUUGAAGCUGGAUUUCUUUGGUUCAAUUGAGCCAGACGGAUGCUACUAUGGUAGACGAAGGCUAAGCCCAAAGGAAAUACGUGAUAUAUAUGGCACACGGCAUAUUGGUCGUGAUCAAGCCCGAUCACUUGUUGGUUUGAUGGAUUUCUUCUGCUUUAGUGAGGCAUGCCUCCUUGCAGAUAUAGUGCAAUACUUCGUUGAUGCUAAGCUAGAAUUUGAUGCUUCCUACAUUUAUGAAGAUGUUGUUCGUGCAAUUGAACAUGUCCACCGAAGUGGCAUCGUUCAUCAAGGAAUUCUCUCUGAUCCACACAAAUACUUAGUUAAAAAUGGAAAGAUAUUAUGUUUUCUUAAGAUGCUAAGGGAGAGGGGGAAGAAGCUUUUCUUGUUGACCAAUUCUCCUUAUCACUUUGUGGAUGGAGGGAUGCGUUUUAUGUUAGAGGAUUCUAUGGAUUGUAGAGACUCCUGGACAGAACUGUUUGAUGUUGUGAUUGCUAAGGCAAAUAAACCACAGUUUUAUACAUCUGAGCAUCCAUUCCGUUGUUAUGACACACAGAAGGACACAUUAACUUUUACCAAGGUUGAUAAAUUUCAUCAAGAUAAAAUAUAUUAUCAUGGAUGCCUCAAAUCCUUUCUUCAAAUAACCAAGUGGAAAGGCCCGGAGGUGAUAUAUUUUGGAGAUCACCUAUUUAGCGACUUAAGAGGGCCCUCAAAGGCAGGUUGGCGCACCGCCGCCAUUAUACAUGAACUGGAGAAUGAAAUACAAAUACAAAAUGAAGAUACCUACCGCUUUGAGCAGGCAAAGUUUCAUAUAAUACAGGAGCUACUCGGUAAGUUGCAUGCAACUGCAGCUAAUAGUCUGAGAACUGCAGCUUGCAAUUCGCUUCUGGAAGAACUUAAUGUGGAGAGACUAAAAGCACGCAACAAGAUGAAGAUGAUGUUUAACAGAUCUUUUGGAGCUACAUUCCUAACUAGCACAGGGCAAGAAUCUGCUUUUGCUCAUAACAUUCACCAGUAUGCAGAUGUUUAUACCAGUAAGCCAGAGAAUUUUCUUCUCCAUUCACCUGAAGCAUGGCUUCAUGUUCCGUUUGAUGUCAAGAUCAUGCCUCAUCAUGUCAAGGUUGCGUCAAAUUUGUUCAAAACUGGAUGAACGAAAAUCAAAUCAUUUCAAACUUCUAGUGUUGUGCUAUGGUUCUAACUUCUGAUGGAAUAGUUAUCUGGCGAUUCUAGGAAGGAUUUCAUUGGUGCGAGUUGCAACAGCACGGCACUUGUUGCAGCAGCAACAUACAUCCGAUCUUAUUCUUUCGUUAGUGAUUUCCCAUUUCAACUUGGAGUUGCUAACAUAGUCUGAUAUGCUUCACAUUAUACCUAGAAAAAGAGGUCAGAAAAUGAGUGGCCUUAUACCAAGAAAAGAGUUUAUUUCUGUAUGAUGUCAAUGAUUCAUUUUAGCAUGCAAAAAAAAAAACCCUUAUCUGUAAGUUUUUUCCCUAUAUAAAAUAACGGCAUUGCCAGUUUUAUGAAAA